CACAAAAGACGAGACAGUGGAAGGAGUAGACGGGGGCAGACGGUGUCGCGCGUUGAAAAAUGUCCGAUUACUUAAAUUUAUCGUCUACAUGAACGAGUGGUAAACACAGAGUCGCGGAUCGCGCUGGGACCGGCGUGGGGUGGACGAGAGUGUAGCCGGCGGUCUCGCGGCGACGAUUCGACUUUUCUCGCGGGGCGGCGCGUUCCUAGACACGUGCGCGAGAAAUACGGCCCGCUUCCGAUGGUCGCUUUCGGCUAUGACGGUUCGAUCGUACCGAAAAGUCCUGACAAAAUAAAACGAGUGGAACGGCUCCGUACUGUGCCGCGCGCCAAGGUGUCGCGCAGUGUUACAGGAUCACGAUAACCGUUUGCACCAACGGGCUAAAGCGGAUCUUAAGUUGGCGAGCGUUUGAGUAAAAGUAACCGGCUGCCCGAAGCGUCAGCGCGGAACGGGUCGCGGAGUAUCCAAACGAGAAUGGAGAUUGCUAAGGAGGAAUGAUAGGAUGCAAGAGGGCAACACCGCCGUUGCGCUAGCGAUGGUGACUCCUGGAUACGAUCAGGACCCUGCCAGCGGGGUCGCGGACUAUACGACUCAUCAGGAUCAGGCUCAGUUUGAGGCUGACAAGAGGGCCGUAUACAAACAUCCGCUUUUCCCUUUAUUGGCGUUACUCUUCGAAAGAUGCGAGCAGGCGACCCAGAGCUCGGACAACUCCACAUCCGAAAGCUUCAACAUGGACAUACAGGCCUUCGUCCAACACCAAGAAAGAGACCGAAAGCCUUUCCUGAUCAAUGACCCCGAGAUUGACGGUUUGAUGAUCAAGGCAAUACAAGUGCUGCGUAUUCAUCUUCUGGAGUUAGAGAAAGUACAGGAAUUGUGCAAGGACUUCUGCAACAGAUACAUCACGUGUCUAAAAGGCAAGAUGCAGAGCGAGAACUUGCUGCGCAGCGACUACAGCCACCACGGACACGACAUGGGUCCGUCGAGUGGGAGCAAUGGGAGCAGUCCGUUGCAGGUGCUGUCAUCUACAGGCAAUGAUGUUGAGUCGGGAGCUAACGGAUUCAGAGUGAGCCGAGGGGACUCCCUGGCGGAGAACGACGGCGCGAGUCAGAUCGCGCGCGAAGAGAGUGUCAGUAACGACCAACCGUCGUCGGUCCGAUCGUCUUCCGCCGUCCAACGUUCGGCCAAAUCCAGUAGCCAAGACCACGACGAUCCGCUCUCACCGUCCGCCGUACACGGAAGCACGCCUCUCUCACAAAUCGGGGCGCAUCCAUGCGCUCCGGUUAACGAUAUGUAUCUUGGUCAAGAUGACGUCGAUUAUCUGCAGACUAUCUCUGAGAGAAUAUAUCUGGAAGAAGCUGGAUAUUGGGGACUUGUUGCGUUGCGAGAACGAGAAAAAGAAUGCGCAAACGUUGGAAGCAUUAACGAUGAAAAGUAUUUCGAUAUUACUGUUACAGGCUCGCCUUCUCCCGCGGCGAGCGAAGACGAGGACGAAGGCUGCACUACUACCGGCAACGCGGCUUCGAAUCACUCUGGGAAUCAUCGAAGUAAUCACGGCAGCGCCAGAAAAGGACGUCAGAAGCGUGGUGUUUUGCCUAAACAAGCUACCGGAAUUAUGCGAACGUGGCUCUUUCAGCAUUUAGUACAUCCUUACCCAACCGAGGACGAGAAACGUCAAAUCGCCAGCCAGACAAAUUUAACAUUGUUACAAGUGAACAAUUGGUUUAUCAACGCCCGCCGACGGAUCCUUCAGCCCAUGUUGGACGCCGGCGCGGAGGCGGUACCGCGCGUUGGAAAACGUCACAAGGUUUCGAAGCACGCCACCGUGCAGCAGCAGACGCCGCAGCAGCAACAGCAAGCGGGCUGGCAGUCCGAAGAUUCGGCGAGUGACUCGGGCUCCAGCGACGGCGAGGGAGAUGCCGCUAGAUCGAAAGACGGUAACGAUAGCGAUGAAGAUGAUCUUCACUGACCUCUGUCGAUCACCGAAACGUCAACCUCUUUACGGUACCUUCAAAUCCAGUUGCUCAUUACAGUAUUAAGGUAUUCGGGAAUAGAUAUCGCUUUAACUGUCAAAUACGUAAUUAAUCGCGCGAGAGUUAAGAAUACGUGGGUAGAGGUUAUCACGCUCUCUGAUCAUUCGAUACUCUGACUAUUCGCAUACUAUGCGAUCAUGUCAGUUUUUCUUUUUUUUUCCAUGAUGAUAGCCGACUGGACCUUUUUUUCACAUCGGCUCAUUACCCACAUAUUGACUUAACGUCAGAGACGAGAACUGAGAUUGAAUAGGUACUAGAAAGAGCAGCUAACUUAAAUGCAUCUAACUAAAACGAAAGAAAUACGUUUGCAUUAAGCUACGAGAAAUGUUAUUUAUUUUUUGACGACAAAUUUUUAAGUGAACGCGCGAAUAGUGAAGAUAAAUCCGAGCUUUUCUUUUUCUUUUUUUUUCUGGAACUACGAUCUUUUAGUUUAGUUAUACCACUUAUAAGACAAGAUGCACGAUCGUACGUGUAUAAAUUGUUAUUUAUGACACGCGUAUGAUAUAUUUAAAAGUAUAUAUCAUUUCAACAUAUAAUUGUCAAUUGUAUUCAAAACAUUAAUAUAUAUAUAUAUAUUCGUCGUUUUCUUGUCUAUUAAAGAUUUACUUUUUAUUUACGUAAAAAGGCAAUUAUUCUUACGGUCUAAUUACUUGUCGUUCUUUUAAUUGUACGUUUGUACACAUGUAAUAAUACGAGAGAGAGAGAGAGAGAGAGAUGUAAAUUUUCUUCUUCCUUGCAUAUCUCUUGAUUAUGAUAAACCGAUAGUCUUAGUCGAUGAGCUUAGUCGAUCAGUUUUUCUUAUAUAUAACAUUAACGUUCCGUUAGAGAAAAAAGAACAAUAAAACAAACAGAAAAAAUCAAAUCUUUGUUUUCUGUUAGCUUCGCGAACAACAUUUGUUACGUUAUUACCGCUAUUAUUACGAUUAAUACUCUACUGUUACCACUACCCCACUAUUACGACUACUGCUACUACUAUAACUACUUCUAUUAUUAUUAUUAUUAUUACUACUAUUACUACCACUAAUACUACUGCUAAUACCACUACUAUUACUAUUACUACACUAUUAUUAUCGCUAGUAAUAGUACCACUACUACUAUCGCUAUUCCUUCCAUUACCGCUAUUACUAUUACUACUACUACUAUUACUACUACUACCACUAUUACUACUAUUGUACUAUUACUUCUACUAUUACUCUACUAAUACUGUUACUAUUACUAUUAGUACUAUCGCUCCUUUUACUGUUACCGCUAUUGCUAUUAUUAAUACUUGUAUACUGCUUCUAUUAUGACGAGAACCACCGUUAUUAUUGUAACGAGAUGCCGGUAUUUACUUUUUGUUUGCAAUUAUAAUUCGCGUAGGCUCUUUGGAAUAGGAAAAUUCGUUGACUCGCUUUAUAUUUUAUAAUUUGCUUGUGUGGCGAAGUGAUAUGGACAAUGAGAUUGCAAUGACUACAGUCUAUGCCAAUUAAAGCUUACGAAUUGUAAGGCUCUUUCGCGAUCAGAUGUAUAUCAUGUGGCACAUCAGCAAAAGAAUUACAUGUACAUGAGAUAAUCGCGCUUAGUUUCCAAAUUAGACGAGAACAUAGUUUGUAGUACGCAAUAUUAAUUGUACUUUUCGUGCCAUUAAAGAGCGUGGUAACUUCCGCGUUUAGUCUUUGUUCAGCUCUGCAGUGUCGUGGCAUAGCGAAGUGCUGUCCCUCCAUGAUAAUAAUAACAAUAAUAAUAAUAUUAAUAAUAAAAAUAGUAACAGUAAUAUUAUAACUAAUUAUAAUUAUAACUAUAAUAAUGACGAUAAUAAUGAUAAUAGUAAUAACAACAGCAGCAACAACACAACACAAUGAUGAUAUAAUAUACUUUAAAUAUAUGACGAUUAUAUUUUUAAACUCUAAGUGUCGUCUCUACGCGUGUACCGCACGUUACAUGAUAUUAUACUGUAUAUAUUACAUGCGUAACUGUUAGUGAGAAAGAAAGAGGAAGAAAGAGAGAGAUAAAGAAAGAGAUAGAGCAAAGAAGAAAAUAUUACGAAGUAUUUGAGAAAGGGAAGCUAUGAUAAUACUUUUCUUGUAACUGAAGAGAAAAAAAACGAGAAUAUUCGACAACGUACACGCCAUUUUUUUAGGAUACUAAUGUUUAUACACUUGGCUGUCUACACGUGAUCAUUCCGUUUUACUGUCAACGGUAUAUACUUUCCUUUCGCGUGCUUCACGAACACGGAAGCUCCUUUAUUUCGAGCUUCCGGCAAGUUUGGCAGAUUUCGACGUCCACUCAAAGAGGAAGAGAGAGAGAGACCGUGGCUGUUUCUCGCUGAAUAUACUCGUGUACAUACUGUUCUCCCUGAUGCACAUAUAUCACGCGUGUAUUUAUGCUUUCCCGAACCAUCAUUUCUCCACGCGUUCCGUCCAUUGAGAUUUAAAUUGUUAAAACCGUUUUACCUUGUUACAGUGUUAGAUUCGACGUAAUACGAUAAACGUAGCGAGAGAAGGAUUAGUUGCUCCAGGUUGACUAUAUUCCGUAGAGAAAGCAUCGUCGAUCAUCUUGCCUUUGAGAAGAAUCAAGAGAAGUAGCGAGAAACGUGGAACUUAUUGUACCUCGGCUUCGCGUUCAUCUCAGUUCCGGCCGUUUCGUGUCAUUUUGUCGCGAAUCAGUUAUCGAUAAGUGAACCGUAAACACUAGUCACUCGAUCGUACACCAGGAAAAUGUGUCAUACCAAGUAGCCUGUCGUGGAACGAGGUUGCCUUAAGCGGCGUAGCCAGAUAUUAUUUUUCUCCUGUACUUAUAUAUGAUAAUCUUCUUUCACGUUGAGUCCCUCGAUGUAUAUAGAUUGACAGAGUGCUUCCAUUAGUAGCUUGCGAAUGAUGAGACGAACCGUAGUCCGUGUACGUGAUGCUUUCUUCUUUCUUUUUUUGAACACAUCCAUUCUCGCGUAUGAUCAAUUCUACUCGCGACUCCGAUCACGAUGCGUGAUCGUAUGUAAUCGCACGACGUAAAUCGCCGCGCGUCCGUGACUAUAAGACCCCGGUAAAACGACAUUAUCAGUUGCAGACAGCUGACAGUAUAGCUCCAUAUACGGUGCCGCGACAUCAGUUCGCUUAAAGUAAUAAACACGACUGUCGACUGUAAUUCAAUUCUGUAAAACUGACGGACGAGGGAAUGACGCGCCGCGUCACUAUGGCGUCACGCUUGUAUUAUUAUUAUUCUUCUAACUUAAAGUGAAAUUCAAAACAGUUCUCGCUCUCGAGAUCGCACGCCGACGGAGGGAAUGGACUUCCCUCCGCGUGCUAUCGUUUGCAACGAGCAAUAACACGCAAUCGUAGUCCAAUCGUAUGAAGAACAAUUAAUCGUUUCUCUAGUUAAUUAUUGCUUUAACGAACCACCUCGUACGGGACUAUACUGUAUUCUUCGAAGUAAGUCGAACUUAAGAUAAAUGCUAGAUUAAGAGGUAGGUCGUAAGGCUGAACCACGUAUACGUAUGUGCUGCGGCACCAGACGACUGUGAUAAUUCGGUGGGCGGUGCCCAGCCUCCUACUUCAUCCUUGUAUACUGAAAACAAAAAAAUUAGUUGAAGAAAGCGUAAGAGACGAUUUACCGAAGAGGUUGAACGUGUGUCGGGGACGUGCGUGUUGUGGAGACGAUUUUUUUCUUAUCCAUAUGCACGUGGGCUAAGAGAGAGGAGCCAGGGACGUAUUGUAAACUUGACAUAUUUUCAUUAGACGUAAACGAACCUUCGUUUCUUUUCGCAUGGGUGCGUCCGUAUAAAAGUUAUUACGACGCGUGCAUAUGGACCCUUUGUACGGUAGGGAACGUAAAACACAUUCGCCGUAUUAACGUCGAUGCGAAAUUUAUCUAUCGAAAACUAGAUUUAAAGGAAAAGUAAACAAGAAAAAAAAAGAAUAACGAAGAAGAAAGGUAGGAAUGGGUGAGGAGAAUGCAGAGACGUGAUUUUCUCCAAGUGUAACGACAAAGUCACGCGAUUGUUCGGACUUUCAACGGGGACUUCAAUGAUUUCUUCAGAAUUUACACACGAAUAUAUACUUUAAGAAGUGACAUUGCAUCGGUCGCUAAUGCGAAACCGCAAGCCGCUUUCGCCUAGGUUCUCGCAGAACGUCCAUGUAUUGAUGUAUAACGUAAAUACACAAUGAAAAAUUCACUUUAUAAUUUCGUACAUUUGUAUUGUACAGUUCUCGAGGUUCAAAUCCGUCUUCUAGAAGGUGAAGAAACAAAAGUUUGCCCAUUCCUAACUUUGUCCAAAUUUUACGUCGUAAAUGAAACAUAUUACAUAUUUACAUGCAUACUAAAAAAAGGAAGCAUAGAUAUAUAAAUUAAAUACUUCUUUCUCGUGUACAUCAAAGCCCUGUUAAAUAAGUUGUUUAUCGAUAAUAAACGCCAUCACGCUUGCAUUA